GCUGAAUUUUAAUAUAUCAAAAUUGGUCUAUUGUCCUUGAUAGGUGCUUGAAUGGUUCUUGAAAACAAACCACUGACGUCUCUAUGAACCAUGUAUACAAGUGUGCUGUGGAGUGAUAAAUCAGUGUUAAAUAAAUAUCCAUGAAUUUUCCAUAUGCGCGUGCUACCGUAUUGAUCGUGUUUACAAUAAGGGUUUUUCAUUUGGCGGUGUUAUUACGAUAUCUCAGCUACCACGUUAGAUCUUGUUAAAUGAUGGACAAGUACGAUGAGAAAUAAAAUUGUAGUCAAGGAUUUUCAUCCCGGUUGCAUCAGCUUUUCUGAAUUACUUAGCUAUUUAACAAUUAUGUUUCGAGCUUUGGUCCUUCGUCAGCGCAAAAGUGACCCCUACUGGUCACUGCUAAACCAUCAGUAGGAGCGAAGGCUUUGGGACGAAUUUGGGAUAAAAUGGAUGUAAGAGUGCAAUGAUUCAGCCGGAGUGCAUUACCCAGGAGUGUUCUUACUCCAGCUUUAGUAGCUAAAGUUGCUAAAAUCUAUCUUCUGUUCUUUUAUAAGUUAACCCGCUGUGUCCCGCGUAUUUUUAAAACAUUUUACUAGAUGUAAAACAGGCAAAAUUGUACAUUUGCAGGAUUGUGGCGCUUUAGAUUCUUUUCCUUUCACAGUAGUUUCUCGUAGUCUUGUCUAUUUCUCCCUGCCUACAAAAUUAGUCAUCAGUGAAAGCCGUUACCAGUCUUUUCUCUUCUCCUUGUCGCCAGUAGAAGGGAAGGGUCUAGGACGGAAAUUGAAAUAAAUGUGUUUUCUUUCUUUGAGUAUGCUUAGACGGGCUGACUCGUUCCAAAUCAUCUCCUAUGCAAAAAUUGCGCGAUCAAACUACGAAUGUAGUUGUAUGCGUAGUUGAGGUUAAAUGACAGUUGCGCUGACAGUGCUGCAUAAAUAGCGCUAUCUUCAUGGCGUCCUAGUUGUAUUCGCUCAAACAGUGAUUAACAGCUGUUAAAACUACCAACAGGACGAAGAUGGAACGUUUUUAGUACACUGCACACUGAUGAAAUUGGCGUCGUUUUGCAGGUGUGACAUCGAUUAAUAUAGGCAAGCGGCUUUUAAAAGUAAAAACGUCCCUAUUUUUGUUUUCAUGUUUUACGACUUCUGUUGAAUUAGGCCUGUAGCUAAGUCCCUUCAUUCGGUAGUAUUGUUACGCGGUAUUUCAUUUACCGCUUUUAAUGGGUUCAAAUUGGAGAUAGCAUUAACGCCAUAAUUAUGGCUUGUGCCUAAUGGACCUCAGACAAAGGCGACUUACGAUUAAUUAUCUCUUGAUUUUAUUGUGAUCAAUAUUUAGGAAGUUCAAAGCUCACCUAGCAGUUUUAGUUCAACAGCGAACAUCUUGAAUCUUUUAGUUUUUAUCUUGAAAAUUUGAACUGUAUUAUACUAGAACGGAGCUUCUGAAAGCCCCUGUGCUGGGUAUUUUACGGAUUCGCUUACUGGGAAUCAUCACUUUUAUGCGAAGUCCAAAGUAAUCCAACCUGGUUUGUGGCGCCCACAAAGAAAACUAUCUUGGUACGUGAAACGCUCAGUGUCUUAUAGAAACCUGAGUUAAUAUCAUGAGCAAAUCAUUUUGUGAUUUGUCGCCGCAGUUCUCUACACAAAUCUCGGAAUAUGAAGAGUUUCAAUCGAGUUACAUCGCUACCUGUGUGGUUAACAGUUCUCUAUGUUAUACCGCCAUCAUGUUGAACUGUGUAACAAUCUAUGCGAUACGGAAAACUUCAUCCUUGUCAAAAACAUUAAAAACAUUGCUCCUGAGUCUUGCUGUUUCUGAUGUUGAUGUUGGUUUAUUGGGUCAACCAUUGUACAUCUCACUUCUGGUCAUGUGGCUACAACAAAACGAUCCUGACUGUAAUACAUACAAGGGUUUACUCAUGGUCUCGGGUUUGUUUUGUCUAGCUUCGUUCUUGGGUGUUGUGGCUCUAAUUGUAGACAGGUUCUUAGCUAUUCAUCUUCAUCUCAGAUAUCAGGAACUUGUCACUCACAAGCGUGUUGUUUCUGUGGUGAUCUUAAUAUUGGUGUUGAGUGUUCUUAUUUCUUUCAUGAUUUGGUGGGUUUCAUUCGAUAUUAUGCGUGGUUUUGUAAUAAUUCAACGGCUCAAGCAUUCCACUGCAAAAGGUUUUUCUUUUCUCGCGUACCCUUCUAUUUCUUAAUUAAUAUAUGCGGAGCAGCUUCUAUUAAAGAAAAAACAAACGUCUUUAUUUUGUGUUUCUAGUUGAGACUUCAGAAUUAAGCAUGUAGCUAAGGCUCUGUAUUCGGUAGUAUUCUUACCAGCAUGCGAUUUACCACCUCUAAUGGGUCAAAAUUGGAGAUGGCAUUAACAACAUGUGGCCUUCUUACUUAAAUGAGCCUCAGACAAGGCGAUUGACGUUUUAAUUACCUCUUGGUUUUGAACGUUCGAAGCCCACCUAGCUGUGUUAGCUUGACAGCGAACAUCUUGAAUCGUUUAAUUUUAUAUCAUGUGUUGAAAAUUUGAACUGUUUUGUACGUUAACACAGGAUCUGAAAGCCUAAGGUAUUGUACGGAUUCGUUUCCUGCGGAUCAUCGCUUUAGAAAGUAAAGCAACAGUGAUCCAACUGAAGAGUGGCGCCAAGGAAGGAAACUAUCUUUCGUUGUAAAACAAGUGGUACGUGAAACACUCGGUGUGUUGUAGAAACUUGAGUUGAUAUUAUGAGCAAAUCACUUUGUGAAUUACUGCUGCAGUUCUACCCGAUGAUCUCCGAAUUUGAAGACCUUCAAUCGACUUACGUCGCUAAUUGUGUUUUCAGCAGCUUUCUAUGUUAUAGCGCCAUCAUGUUAAACAUUGUAACAAUCCACGCGAUACGAAAAACUUCAUCCUUGCCAAAAACUUUGAAAACAUUGCUCCUUAGUCUUGCUGUUUCUGAUGUUGGUGUUGGUUUAUUGGGUCAACCAUUUUAUAUCUCACUUCUGGUCAUGUGGCUUCAACAAAACGAUCCUGGCUGUAAUACAUACAAGGGUUUUGUCAUCAUCUUGUUGUUGUUUACUCUUGCUUCGUUCUUAGGCGUUCUAGCUGUGAGUGUAGACAGGUUCUUAGCUAUUCAUCUUCAUCUCAGAUACCAGGAACUUGUGACUCACAAGCGUGUUGUUGCUGUGGUGAUCUUUAUUUGGGUGUUGAGUGUAUUUUUUUCUUUGAUGAUUUUGUGGGUUCCAUUCGAUGUUGGCUGUGUUUUUGUGCUAAUUCUUGGAGUGCUUGGUCUUCUUGUUACAGUAGGAGUUUACAUCAGGAUUUAUUUGGUCGCACGACGCCACAAGAAUCAGAUUGCGCAAGGACAGCGAUUUGCACAAACGGAAGAAACAGCAAAUUUAACCAACGUCGUCAAGUCUGCAGUGGUUAUAUUCUACGUGUUUUUCUUGUUUUUAAUUUGUUAUUUGCCUUCCUUUAUUUUUCUUGCUGUAUAUCAAAUCUACGGCCCAAGCAUCCCUUUGAAAAGGGUUCUUCUUUUCUCAUGGACUCUUUUUUAUCUUAAUUCGUCAUUGAAUCCCCUUAUUUACUGCUGGAAGAUGACACACAUUCGAUACGCUAUCUUGAAUAUACUGCGGAACAUGUCUUGGCGAAGAAAUGGCGCCUUUAACUAAUCACAGGGCUGGCCAUGCUAUGCCAUUAUUCUCUGCAUUCAGUGUUGUGGUUGUAAAUAAACGCCAAUAGCCACGCUUUAGCAUUACUUUGUAAUAUAACAUAGAAGAAAUAACGAUGGCAAAGUAGCUUUAAUGCACUGAGGAAAGCGCCAUUUUUGCUUAACAUGAGCUAAAAUGGUUACGUCAUAUAAGACGUGUUUAGAUUAUUGAAAUUUUUUAAGCGCUUUUUUAAAAACCUGAGAAUGAUAAGGAGAGUUUUCAUGAAGUCUCAGUUCUGGCAGCUAUUGAUGGUCGUAUUACAAAUCUUAUUCUUUUAUCACUUAGCUUUUUUUCCAUUCCAAUCUGCCGUUGCUUUGAAAACACCUGACAGCUCCGUCGAGUCAUAGGUCGUCAACUGUGUCGGUACAAUUUUAACAUACACGUGCCAACUUAUUUUAGCAACACGAUGCAUUUAUCUAAGGAUUCUUAUUUGGUAGUAUUCUAACCGAUAUCUCCCUUACCACGUUUAAUGUUUCUAAAUUCGAGACAGCUCUUUGGGUUUUACAAACCAAUGCCUUGUUUAAUAAACUUGAAACACUCAAGUCCGCGACGUUCGCGGUUUGGUUGUAUUUAUAUUAGUUAUUCAAUGAUAGACAAGCAUGAUAAGGUAUUAUCCUUUUAAUUUACACCUUUUCACGCUCUGUUGUUACUAUUUGUC